UUGACGGGGGAGGGGCGGCUGCGGUGGUUAGUCAGGAGAGAGGUGGGCUGGGACAAUAUUUUCUGAGUGUUUACUGUCAGAUUUAGUAAUCAUGGAUGAAGAGUAUGACGCGAUUGUUUUGGGAACGGGUCUCAAGGAGUGCAUCCUGUCAGGCCUACUCUCCGUCUCGGGCAAGAAGGUGCUGCACAUCGACCGCAACAAGUACUAUGGCGCCGAGUCAGCCUCCAUCACCCCGCUGGAGGAGAUGUUUGACAAGUUCGGCCUGCCCAAGCCGGAUGAGUCGUACGGUCGCGGCAGGGACUGGAACGUGGAUCUGGUCCCCAAGUUUCUGAUGGCGAACGGCCAGCUGGUGAAGCUCCUGAUCCACACGGGCGUCACGCGCUACCUCGAGUUCAAGUCGGUCGAGGGCAGCUAUGUCUACAAGGGCGCCAAGAUCUCCAAGGUGCCAGCCGACGAGCGGGAGGCGCUCAGUUCUGACCUCAUGGGCUUGUUCGAAAAACGGCGCUUCAAGAAUCUGCUGGCCUACAUCCAGGACUUCAAGGAGGACGACCCCAACACCUGGAAGGGACUCGAUCCGAAGACGUCGCCUAUGAGCGCCGUGUUCGAGAAGUUUGGCGUUGACAAGAACACGAUCGACUUCACUGGCCACGCGCUGGCGCUGCACAGAGAUGACGACUACAUCGGCCAGCCUUGCGGCACCACCAUCGCGCGGAUCCGACUCUACAGCGAGUCUCUGGCCCGCUACGGCAAGUCGCCCUACCUGUACCCCAUGUACGGGCUGGGCGAGCUGCCACAGGGCUUCGCCAGGCUGGCGGCCAUCUAUGGCGGCACGUACAUGCUGGACAAGCCAGUGGACGAGAUCGUGGUGGAGGACGGCCGCGCCGUCGGCGUCCGCUCCGGCUCCGAGGUGGCCCGCUGCAAACAGGUCUACUGCGACCCCAGCUACGUGCCCGACCGCGUCACCAAGUCGGGCCAGGUGGUGCGCUGCAUCUGUCUGAUGGACCAUCCGAUCCCCAACACCAAGGACGCGCUCUCGACCCAGAUCAUCAUACCGCAGAAGCAGGUCAACCGGAACUCUGAUAUCUACAUAUCGCUGGUGUCCUAUACACACCAGGUGGCGGCCAAGGGCUGGUUCGUAGCCAUGGUCUCCACAACUGUCGAGACGGACAACCCGGAGGCCGAGAUCAAACCAGGCCUGGACCUGCUGGGACCCGUCAAGCGGAAGUUCCUGACGGUGUCUGACCACUACGUGCCGACCGACGACGGCACCGACUCGCAGGUCUUCAUCUCCAGCUCGUACGACGCCACCAGCCACUUCGAGACCACCUGCCUGGACGUGCUGGACAUCUUCCGGCGCGGCUUCGGCUGCGACUUCGACUUCUCCAAGGUGACGCACACCCUGGAGGACGACCAGUAGCGCCGGCCGCGCGCCCGCGCGCGCCGUGGCGCCAUUCCAGUGUCGGUGGCGCCGCCUCUCGGCCGGCUCGUUCGUCACCGUCACCCAGCCUCUGUGACCUUCCCCAACACGGUGGCCGGCGGCGCCCCGUCCGCGCCCUGUGCGACACGGGACCUCGCCGACGCCGACGACUGUCUCUGUCUGCUUUGUUUGCGCACCGCAGAUCAGCUAAGACCAUUGAAUUAUUUCUGUCGGUUGCAUCAUCAAUGGACGCUUGUGAUUUUUUGUAAGUCUGACGGACGCGUCACGCUGUGUAUCGAUAUUACUCGUGCAUAGAUUGCUAUCUGGGUGUUUUGGGGUGCAACAUAUCGUACUGGUCAGGCUCUAAAGUCACGUUGCUUCCCUCAUGAUUUACGGGCCCCUGUAUUGGCAUUCCAAUAAAAGAAAAACGGUAGGUUC